AGCUCACCUUGGGAAGGAGUGGAGGGAGGCGGCCCUGCUUCCUCGGAGACCUGCAGAGCAGCCAAAGGGAUCCAACCCCACUSCUUGUGCCAGCCAUGAAGAGAAGCACCCUCCUCAUCCUCUCCAUCACUGGGGUCUACAGUGCCAUCCUCCACACAGCAGCAUGGUCUGUGAACAACUUUCUGAUGACAGGACCUAAGGCGUACCUGACCUACUCCGGCAGCGUGGCGGCCGGGGCGCACAGCGGGAUGGAGGAGUGCAAGUUCCAGUUCGGCUGGGAGCGCUGGAACUGCCCCGAGAGCGCCCUGCAGCUCUCCACCCACAACCGGCUCCGCAGCGCCACCCGGGAAACCUCCUUUGUGCAYGCCAUCAGCUCUGCCGGGGUCAUGUACACCCUGACCAGGAACUGCAGCCUGGGAGACUUCGAGAGCUGUGGCUGUGAUGACUCCAGGAACGGCCGUGUGGGUGGCCGAGGCUGGGUCUGGGGAGGGUGCAGUGACAAUGUGGAGUUUGGGGAGAAGGUUUCCAAACUCUUUGUGGACGCCUUGGAAACGGGACACGACACCCGCGCGCUGAUUAACCUGCACAACAACGAAGUGGGGAGRCUGGCGGUGAAAGACACGAUGAAGAGAGCCUGCAAGUGCCACGGGGUGUCGGGCAGCUGCAGCAUCCAGACCUGCUGGCUGCAGCUCGCCGAGUUCCGCGAGAUCGGCAACUACCUGAAGAUCAAAUACGACCAAGCGCACAAGCUGGAGAUGGACAAGAGGAGGAUGAGAGCCGGCAACAGCGCCGACAGCCGCGGGGCCACGGCCGAGACCUUCCACCACAUCCACGCCUCUGAGCUCAUCUUCCUGGAGGAUUCCCCCGACUACUGCACCAGGAACGCCAGCCUGGGCCACCACGGCACCGAGGGCCGCGAGUGCCUGCAGACCGGCAAGAACCUGUCGCAGUGGGAGAAGAGGAGCUGCCGGCGGCUGUGCACCGAGUGCGGCCUGCGYGUGGAGGAGCGCAGGACAGAGGUGGUGGCCAGCUGCAACUGCAAAUUCCACUGGUGCUGCACSGUGCGCUGCGAGCAGUGCCGGACGCUGGUGGCCAAACACUUCUGCUCCCGCCGCGACUCGGCCGCCCCCAACCACAUCCGGCACAGGAGCAGGRGCCACCGGAGAUAG